GGGGAGGCGGCACCGGGGCGGGGGGAACAUGGCGGGACCGUCGGCCUGCCGCGGGCUGAGGGCCGGGAGCCGGUACAUCUCCACACCAGCUGUCUCUCGGCUGACACCUGAUGAGGUGAUUCGGAUGCGUAAUGAGCUCUUCACCAAAGAGAAAGAGAGACAGUUGUCUCUUCACCCACGGAUUGAGAAAAUUGAAGUGAAAUACACUGGGAAGUCGAACCCUGGCAGUGUGUUUGUCAUGAAYAAGGCUCUGUCCACACCAUACAACUGUGCGAUGCAUUUAAGUGAAUGGCAUUGUAAGAAAUCUGUUUUGGCUCUUGUGGAUGGUGAAAUCUGGGACAUGUACAGACCCUUGACCAAAUCAUGUGAAAUUCAGUUUCUUACCUUCAAAGAUGAAGAUCCAGAGGAAGUAAACAAGGCRUAUUGGCGUUCCUGUGCCAUGAUCAUGGCAUGUGURCUAAAACGAGCGUUCAAGGAUGAAUACUCAGUCAACCUAGUUAAAGCUCCAGCAGUGCCAGUGAUCUCUGGAGCUUUCUGUUACGAUGUAGUUUUGGACAAUAAACUGAAUGACUGGAAACCAACAAAUGACAAUUUCCGUUCUCUUACAAGGGAUGCCAAAAAGCUAAUCCAUCAAGACCUGCCCUUUGAAACUCUGCAUGUUGAAGCAAAAGUAGCACGUGAAAUGUUUCAGCAUAACAUAUACAAAAUGGAGAUGAUAGAAAGAAAAGCUUCUCAGAAUAUGGAAGGAAUUGUAAUGUUACAUAGGUUUGGUGACUUUGUAGAUGUUAGUGARGGUCCUCAUAUUCCAAGGACAAGUUUCUGUUUCCAAUAUGARAUAACGGCAGCCCAUAAUAUUCAGACUGACCAGUCUGGAAUGAUAAGGAGGUUCCAGGGUGUGUCCUUGCCARUCCAUUUGAAGGCUCACCACACUGUGUGGAACAAACUGCUGGAAAGAUCAAAGAAGCUGGUCACUGAAGAAGAAUAUGUGAAAGAAGCAGCAGAAUGUCUUGAGGCAAAAGAUGGAAUUGAAGAAGGAAAAACAGUUAGCAAUUUAAAUUAAAUUGAACCUCUAAAUGUACAUAAAUAAAAUUUGUAUUUUUACGUGACUUGUUUGUGCCUCAUACAAAAUGUCUUGGGUAAUUAUUUUGAAGUCUGUGACCUAAAUCAUAGAUAGACACAGGUACACAUGAGAUGUUUCAGUCCACUUUAAAGAUUUCCUUAAAGAAAAAAAGGGGUGGGGAGAGGGAAGAUAAAGUUUUAUCUGCAAUAACUUGCAAGUUUUCCCUGUCUUUAGCUCGACAGUAGUAUUCAUGUGUGUCCAUCCAUAUGUUGUUACCUACUGCUUCUGCAAGUUGAGACAUAAUAUCUUUAAAAAUACCCUUAAAGGUAUGUAAAGGUGUAAAUGASAUUGCUUUACCAAUGCAAAAAUAGCAGAAAGGAAAAGCCAGAAAGUUCUUGGAGUUGAAUGAUUUCUUUCUGCUGCACAAGUGCAGUUAAAGAUCCUUUUCCAGAAUAAUACCAAGAAUGUAGUUCAUUACUUGCAUCCCCAGUGUAAUAAGAUUUAUUAUGCAUUUUCUUUCCUUGAUAUUUAAAUAUGGUGACUUCAAUUAAAUUUCACAAGGGGUUUUUAUUCGAUGAUGUUUUCUGACGUUUUGUGUUUUCAUCCCUAACUCAUUAGAGCUGUACUCAUUAUACUGGAGGAGAUUUUUAUUAGUUUUUGAAGUGCAAAUAUUUUCUCUGUAUUUUACCCCAAUUAUUAUUUUUACCAUUAACUGCAUCACUUGAUUUCUGAUCAGUUGACACAGUUUUUUGAGAGCAGGGAGAGUAGUUCAGUAAAAUACAUUUAGGUAUAACCCAGGUCUUCUCAGGACACUUGAAAAACUGGUAUUUUUUCCCCUCUUGAUUAAUGUUGCAGAGGACUUWUUAUAAUGGUAUCAGAUGCUUAUUUUUUUGGAUAAGAUUGUUGAUUCAAAGUUUAUCUUCAAAGUACACACAAACAUUUACACUAUAUUCACAUUUACACUUUAUUCAUUUACACCCUAUUCUAUAUAUUUUCAUUAAAUCUAAAUUGCUGGAGUAUGUUUUGUCUUUGAACCUGUUAUUCUGGUGCUAUUGAAAAAGCAAGCAUUGGUUCUUGUCUUGAGAAGCGCAAAAAUUUGCUGUUUGUAAUUUCUGAGUUUUGGUUGUGUUUUUAUUUUUAGUUUUGCUUGUUUGUUUUUUGUUUGUUUUUUUAAUGCAAUACUUGCCAUCUCUGAUUAACACAAGACUGAUGAAAUUUUGCAAUCUGAAUUUUGGGAUCCAAUCCGUGUGUUUUUGUUUUGAAUCUUAAGC